UUUUUCGAUCCUUUCGUCACUACCCGUCACUUCCUUAACCUGGGAUAUCUCGUGUUAUAAUUGAAGAGUCUAGCUGACGAAACGUUGUAAUUUAUUGCAUUUAUAAUUGCAUUAGUACAAUAACGGAGAUUUGAUCGCAAGAGUUCGUUAUAGUGUAAAUGUCAAUAAGAAUAUACAGGAUAUCCAAGUAUAUAUAGUUAAAAGAAACAGACUUAUUACAGUAAAAAUAUCUGAGAAAAAAUGACAUCAUUAGAAGGCAUUUAUACAUCAGAAAAGUUUGGUAAUGAUGAGACAGGGGAUGGCUCGGAAAACAACCCCUUUAAAACUAUCUUAGAAGCAAUGCGUCAUGCUGGUAAAGAAUCUUUCCCAAUAUUUUAUCAGGAUUCUCAUGAAAGUGAUAAGAAGUAUGAACCAGCAUCCAAGUCUCAGUUAAAGAAGAUACAGAAAAUCUGGGUCAGAGAACAGUAUAAAAAUGAGGAAAAGGAAAAGAAGCUGUUAGAAGAUGAAGAAAAGAGACUGAAAAAUCUCGAGGAAGCUAAGGCAACUGUCAUAGAAGAGGACAAGUCAUUACCAGAUGCGAAACAAAUUAAGAUAAAAGAAGCUCUGAAUUAUAGAGACAAGAGAGUUAAGCUUUAUGGAUGGAUACAUAGAUUAAGAAGACAAGGUAAAGCUCUUAUGUUUAUCACAUUAAGAGAUGGGACAGGCUUCCUGCAGUGUGUGCUAACUGACAAACUAUGUCAAACAUAUGAUGCUUUAAUCCUCGCUACAGAAGCUGCUGUCCAAUUGUUUGGAACCUUGAAAAUUGUUCCUGAAGGAAAGAGUGCACCUGGCGGACACGAACUAUGUGUUGAUUAUUGGAAACUUAUUGGUUCAUCACCACCUGGUGGUGCAGAUUCAAUUUUAAACGAAGAAGCAUUGCCUGACGUGCAGUUGGACAAUAGGCAUAUAAUGAUUCGAGGCGAAAAUACAUCAAGGAUUCUAAUUAUGAGAUCUAUAUUGACGCAAGCGUUCAGAGAUCAUUAUAAAGAUCGCGGUUAUUACGAAGUGACUCCACCAACUUUAGUGCAAACUCAAGUGGAAGGUGGUUCAACUCUCUUUAAGUUAGAUUAUUUCGGGGAAAAUGCUUUUCUGACUCAGAGCUCUCAGUUGUAUCUUGAAACAUGCAUCCCGGCAAUGGGAGACGUAUAUUGCAUUGCUCAAUCAUAUCGGGCGGAACAAUCAAGAACACGCCGUCACCUUGCAGAAUUCACGCACAUUGAGGCAGAAUGCCCUUUUAUUACAUUUGACGAUUUGCUCGAUCGGUUGGAGGAUUUGAUUUGCAACGUGGUCGAACGAGUUUUACAAUCGCCGCUCGGUAGCCUCGUUAAGGAACUGAAUCCCAACUUCCAAGUACCUAAGAAGCCCUUCAAGCGUAUGAACUACAGUGACGCGAUCGAAUAUUUGAGAGAAAAUAAUAUCACGAAAGAAGACGGAAGUUUUUACGAAUUCGGAGAGGAUAUUCCAGAGAUGCCAGAGAGGAAAAUGACCGAUGCUAUUAACGAACCGAUAAUGCUCUGUCGUUUUCCCGCCGAGAUUAAAUCAUUUUACAUGCAACGUUGUACGGAAGAUAGACGCUUGACCGAGUCCGUUGACGUGCUGUUGCCGAAUGUAGGUGAAAUCGUCGGUGGCUCGAUGCGUAUCUGGAACUACGAUGAAAUGAUGGAGGGUUACAAUCGUGAAAAUAUCGAUCCGACUCCGUACUAUUGGUAUACAGAUCAGAGGAAGUACGGAUCUUGUCCUCAUGGUGGUUACGGACUAGGACUGGAACGGUUCUUAUGCUGGUUAUUAAACAGAUAUCAUAUACGCGAAGUAUGCUUGUAUCCGCGUUUCUUGGAACGUUGUCGUCCGUAAUAACAUUCCAAGAGUAUACUAAGUUAACCUAAGUCAAAUAAAUAUUUAGUAGAGACAUUUAACUUCGUACUGUUAUAACAAAAUUAGUACUGUACAUUACGUUCGUAAACGUACACAAUUCUCUCAACAUUUCAAUUUUCCGAAUUAAAAAAGAAGCAGCAGGAAAUGCUAGUUGAACAAACAUAAUGCGAUUGAACAUGCUACACGCGUAUCAGAUAUUUCUUAAAUAUAGAAAUAUUAUUUUGUUCUGCAAAAAAAUGAGCUAUUGUGCAACAUGUGAAUCUAGCAAUAAUAUGUUUGUCUGUAUGUAAUAAUAUGUCUGUAUGUACAGUUACAUGUACAAUGAACAAGUAUAUAUAUAUCAUCAAAAACUAGAUCUUUCUGAUACUUACAAUUUACACACAUUUAUUGUAUAAUCAAGUACAAUCAAUACCAUAUAGAUUAUGCUUACAAUUGUUUAAAUAAAAGAUUUAUAGAAUGGUGUAAUUGAAACAAGGUAAAA